UGCUCGUGGUAAGCCAAGUUCUUCUUAGCGCUCGUACAGCUACAAAGCCUCUCACCCUCUCUCUCUUUCUGCCUCUCUCUCAUACACACAGACACAGACACACAUUCACCACAUCACGCACACACACUCAAAAACACAAAGCAGAAGUGGACAAAGACGCAAAGUUUCAGUCGCUACAGUCGGCUAUGGCUCAGGGCUCUGACAGCAAUGACACAAGUUACAAGUCCCCAUCACCUGGAGGCAGAGCGGUAAGUAAUCCAGACGACCCAAAGAAGGUGAUGCGCAGGGAAAAGAAUCGGAUCGCUGCCCAGAAGAGCAGGUUGAGGCAAACUCAAAAAGCCGACAGCCUUCACUUGGAGAGUGAGAACCUGGAGAAGGAGAAUGCCGCCCUGAGGAAGGAGGUGAAGCAGCUGACAGAGGAGGCCAAGUAUCUGUCAUCUGUGCUGAGCAGCCACGAACCUCUGUGCACCGGCCUGCCUCCUCAGACCCCGGACCUCCUCUACCCUACUCAUCACAGCAGCUACAGUACCAGUCCAAAGUUUGGGGUGUAUCCAAACUUUUGACUGUACUGUGCCACCACCAGCAAAUCGCUGUACCACACUACCAGCGCUGACCCCCCACUGACUACUGAAGAUGUACUGCGAAACAGACGACUGACCUCAAUGAAGAAAGACUGACUGGAGAUGUUUCAAUUGGUGUUAAUCAAAGUUAAAACCUGUUCAUGGAGUGACCAGACAGGCAAACGAGACUGCCAGGUGUAACUAUUUAUUUUGCUUCUGCUCAUCUCUCUGCUUUUCUGAUUUAUUAGCAGUGAUGUCUGUGAACUCAAAUGGCUCAUCGAACAGAAUUAUCAGCCAGUCCAUGUUUACAUUAGGAGAAAUACCAACGUUGAGAUGACUCGAAUGAUAUUUUUGUAAAUUGCUAAUUUUUUGUGUCAUUGAGUCCACUGUUGUCAUCCCAUCCACUUUUUGUGUUUCUUGUGUUAUUUGUGUGUUUUUAGUAUGUUACUGUUGAUUGAUAAUCCUCAGGAGCUUUUGACAGAUUUGAUUGUGGACAAAGAGAAUGUAAAGCCAAGAUCCUAAAAGAAAAAAAGAGAAGAAAAGAAAAGGAAGAAAGGAAAAGAGGAUUUCAGGCUAUGUACCAAAUAUAAAUUGUUGAGAAUGAAGAAUUGGAACCUGGCAUUCAAAAGGUCUUGACUUCUGUUGUUAAAGCUGAUGUAUGAGAA